UCGGUUCUAGUAUAAUAGCUAUAAGUGUGUAAUAUAGACUCAUAAUGUAUGAUAGUAGUGAUUUUGGCUUUCAAUCUACUGCUCAGGAUUCCUUCUACAAGAUACUGAGACAGUUAGCAGGACAGCUAUGGCAAUCAAAACUGCAGGAAACACUCCAUGACUCAAUAGUGCAGAAGCACCUCACAGAUCAAGAGUGCCUGGGUGUCUCGACUUAUGAGCAGCUAUUCGACAUUUUUGUUGAAAAACAGCUUGUAACACCGUUAAACAUCACCUUACUCAAAACAGUUCUACGCAACCAUGACUCUAGUGGUGCCCUUCUAAGAGCUGUGUAUGAAGCCGGUUUUGGCAAAGAAGGUCUUGUCUCAGAAGAUAGCUUUUUUGAUGAGCAGUGCAGAUCAUCUGGCAGCUUUCAAAGGCCAAGUUUCGGGCAUAUGAAAUCAAUGAGAGACUUCAAGGCUCUGCUAAAACGAAUUGAUACUCAACUAGAUUCAAAUGAAGAUUUAGGAGCUCUGAAACUUCUUUGUUGCUCUGUGUUAUCGUUGAGGCAAUUGGAUGGAAUUUCAAGUGCACUUGAGCUCUGUAAUGCACUCCGGAGAGCAAGAUGUAUCACUGUACAAAAGCCAGAAUUUCUUUACCGACUUCUUCAAGAUUGCGGACGAUGGGACUUAUGCGAUCUUGUAGAUGGAUACGUCUACACAUGUGAAAAAACCUGUUCCAAUAACCCUUCUCCUGAGCCAAGAGAAAGAAAGAAUUCUGAUUGUAGAAGAAUGAAUUACCAGUUUACACGAGCUCUCAAAAACUUGGGAGAUCAACUUGGAUCUGAUGAUUUAGCCAUGAUGAAGAUGCUAGCUGGAACAUACAUACCGGACUCAAAAUUAGAGAAAACAAGUAACAUUUACGAAUUCUUGAUAUUACUUCAAGAACGAGGAAAGCUUAACCAAAAGGACCUUUCGUUUCUGGAACAGCUGCUUGACGAUAAACUCCACAUUGUUAGCUCUCUCUAUGACCAAGGAUUUGGAUGCCAGGCAAAGCCUCACAAAUGUCACAAUUCUUUCUCAAGUGAAAGCCUAAUGAAUUUUAAGCGAUUGCUUAAGACUAUUGGAUCGAGACUUACUUUGGAGAACAUUCAACAAAUUAAGUUUUUAUGCUCAGAUGAAACCAGGCCUGUGCAUUCAGGUAUAGAACUGUUGUCUUUUCUAGAAAAGAGGGGAGAAAUCGGACCAAACAAUCUACAAUUCCUAAUGGAAGCACUACAAGAAGUUGGCAGAAGAGAUUUGAGCAUAAUUGUGGAAACAUUCAUAAAUCAUUCUUCAACAUCAACUCAAGGUGUUCAGUCAUUGGCCUCAGGGGAGACUCAGACGAAGAUACUUGCUCAGUCUACAGCUGCGGCCUCUCCUGUUCUUAACCAAGGAAGCACGGAUACUUUACAGCUGCUCGAGAAAUUAACCACUUCAGAAGAAGGUCGUGAAAAUGACAACAGCAAACACACAGAGUCUCGGUCUUCAACAAAUGAUCUCCUGAUGGCACUCUCCAGACAGAAACUUUUUCAAGAGUCCGAGUUGCGAGAAGAGUACGAGCAGUUCAAGAGAAUGAUAGGGGCUGAACUCAACAAGAAAGACACACAAAUCGAAGAUUUAACGAGAAAACUGAAUGCACAACAAACUCUAUUGAAUCGACUGGCUCUGAGACUCAACUUGAAAGAUGAUGAUCUGUAGAAAUCACAUGCCAUGUAUAGUCACUUACAUACACUGAUUGCACCAUAAAAGCACUCACCAUUCUUAUCAGUCACCAUUCUUAUUUUUGUAGUUGAUGACCUGUAGAAAUCACGUGAUAUGUAUAGUCACUGACAUGCACUGAUUGCCUCAUAAAAUCACUCACUAUUAUUAUAUUCUAUGUUUGUAGUACCGCUUCGUCCCAUG